UGCAGUCUUAGAAGAAUUGGACCUUCCGAUCUCCACACCCCUCCCUAUGACUGCAGCAGACAAAUAAAAGGGCAGCUGAAUCAACACCUUCAGUCGAAGGGGCAGAUUGCGGCGGGCGGCGCCUUUUAAUGUGACAAAUUCUCCCUUAUCAGGUAGCUCAUGUCUCAGGGUGGCUACGGCAAGGCGCCGACCGUCGGCGCCACGACGGCGGCCGAAAACCAGAGACUCCUCGGGGACAACCGGCGCACAAACGGACUUGUACAGAGGGUCAACAAUGAUGGCGGGGGCCGCGAGGAGACGCUGCGUCGGCUACAGGGGGAGGCCGUCGCCGCGCUCAACCCGCCAGUGAAGCUGACACCGAGCUGGGAGGAAAGCAACCUGCCCGACGAGGAGCUCAACUUCCGCGGUGUCACCAUGGAGGUCGCCGACCUGGAAAUGAACCCGCCUAAAGACAGGUACAACUUGGUGUAUUUUAUCUUUUUGUUGCACGGAGUUGGCACUCUCAUGCCCUGGAACAUGUUCAUCACAGCAAAAGAGUACUUUGUUGACUACAAACUGAGUGAAGAUUACACGGGUGUCAAAACAGAACUUGCCGCGAACUUCUUGGCAUACGUCGGCCUAACUGCACAAAUUCCGAACGUGAUUUUCAACUGGGCCAACAUUUUAUGGCAGGGCAAGGGUGAAAGCCUCACCACCAGGGUGGUCUGGAGUCUCGUCAUCGAAGUCAUCAUUUUCAUUCUGACAGUUGUGCUGGCCAUGGUCGACACCUCGACUUGGCCGCAGACCUUCUUCAUCGUCACCAUGUGUUCCGUGGCAGCUCUUAACAUGGCAAACGGUGUUUAUCAGAACACGGUCUAUGGCAUGGCAGCUAAACUGCCUUUCAAGUACACAGGCGCAGUUGUUUUGGGAUCGAACAUCAGUGGCACAUUCACCUCUCUUGUGUCCAUCAUCUCACUUUUGAUUGCUCCUGAUCCACGAACAGCAGCCAUUUACUACUUCAUCACAGCCCUUUUUAUCCUCCUUGUGUGUUUUGACACCUACUUUGCUCUGCCGCUCAAUAGGUUUUAUCGGUACCACGAGAUGGUGAACGAGAAGGAGCAGCAGGCGCGACGUCGCGCCAACCUGGGUCAGGUGACCAACGCACCGCUGUGGCCAAUCUUCAAGCAGUGCCUGCCACAGCUUUUCAACAUUUUCUUCACCUUCUUUGUCACACUUUCCAUCUUUCCGGCAGUCCACGCUGACAUUAGGCGCUUCGACAUGGAUUUCUUUAUCAGUGAAAAGUUCUUCACUGAAAUAACGUGUUUCCUCACGUUUAACCUUUUCGCCAUGAUUGGCUCGAUGACCGCCUCUUGGUUCCCAUGGCCUGGUCCGAAGUACCUGGUCGUACCAGUAGUUUUGCGCGUCUUCUUCAUUCCCUUUUUCAUUGUGUGCAACUACCAACCACUUGGCGGCCGCCUCUUCCCUGUUCUCAUCACAAGUGACUGGGCAUAUUGGAUCGCAGCGAUGCUUCUCGGCAUCACUGGUGGUCACUUCAGUGCCCUUGGCAUGAUGUACUGCCCUAGAAUGGUGGAGCCGCAACAUGCUGUACGUGCUGGCAUGUUGGGUGCUGGUUUCCUCAUCACAGGCAUAUUCUCAGGAAUUCUCUUCACAAUCUUGCCACCUAUCUUUGUCAAAAAUGUAUCAUGGCCUGUGUAGUCAUUGUUGACAUCAAUACGCCCCAUCUUUAAAUCACCCCCCUUUCACAUAAUUGGGUUUUGGACCUCCACACCUUUUUAGCAUUAUUGUGAUUAUUUUUGCAAAAUUACUCUCACUAAUCACAAAAUCAUGUAUUAGGGGAACAAUUUAUUAUUGAAAAAUGGCUCAUUACUGGGGCUACGGGGGCUCUUAUUCUUUUAGCAAUUGACCUGAAAAAUGCUUCAUAUUACUCUUCUAUGAUUUUUCAUCAACUAUUUAGUAAUAGGUGCAUGAUUUAUGUUUCUGCAAUGUUUUUAAUAUUUAAAACAUACUAUUAUGGUCUUAAAAAAUUGACAUUGAUUAUAUUUCGAGCUUUUUGAUGCAUUGUUAAAUGUAUACUUGAAUCUUUUGUAAUUGGCUACUUACCAAAAUCGUUUUUACUCAACUGUUAUUCCAAAGUAUCAAUUUUGAAUUGUUAAUAUUUAAUUUUACGUUUUAAAUCCUGCCAAAGUUUCAUAUCAAAUUUGAACGUGAAUUUUUGAAGUCGAUGAAAAGAAGUCUUUUUUUUAAAUUUAUUCAGUUUUUUCUUCAAAAAGGAGACAAUAAAAACUGAAGCAGUGCCAAUGCAACAGAGCAGAAACUUGUACAUAUUUAGUGGAAUUACACACGGGACUGUUGUGCACGCACUCACACAAUUGCCUUAACUCGCAUGCUUUUGUUUUUAUCGUCAUGAAGUUGUGCGUUUUUGUAUCGGAAAAACUUUAUUCAGGCAAUUAUCGGAAAAUGAAGUGGUGUAUUGUUUUAUCUACUAAACGUGCGAAUCACUGUAUUGUAACUCGGUUGUUAUCUGCUAGUAUUCAACAGCAUAUUGCUCAUGCAAACAUUAUACUUAUUGACACAGAAUAAAACAUGUAAUUUUAUUAAUGAA